AAACACCGAGGUUUUGCAUCCCACCUGAUUCACAUGACGCUGCUAUGCUUUCGUCUGAGUGAUGGUUCCGCGUGUAUCGGUCGUAUUGAGUGCCGACGAUGCCGAUGAGACUUGUGCCGAUCAGCCGCCAGGCUGACGAAUAUUUCGCUCAUGUCAACGCUCUGGUCAACACUGAUCCCUCAAGGGCAGAUCUACGUCGUCAGCUCCUUCCAUAAAAACUCGGUUCAUCGCCGCCUCACGGAGAGCCCCCAAGUUGACAUCAAGAAAGUUAUCACAUGGAUCAGACAAAUACUUGAGGCCCUCUGCUUCUUGGCUGAGCGGGGCAUUGUCCACCGCAAUCUGUGCUUGAAAAAUGUGCUUCUCGAUGAGCAUGACUCUGUUCGACUAUUCAACUACGGUCUAUAUUGCAUGACGGACUGUGGAAGAGAUGCAUCCUUUCCGAUUGGGUAUCCCCCUUAUCUACCCCCGGAAGUGCUCAUCGGUGACCAAGAAUCUUUGUAUCGAUCGUCUGCCAAGGCAGAUGUUUGGUCGCUUGGCAUCCUCGCCCUUGAGAUGCUGAGUAUGAACGUGGUAACAGCACCAGAGCAGCUCGGUUUGACAUCGGGCCAGCUCAAGGACUGGGUCGAUUAUAUCUCGCAGUGGAAACUCGACUCCGAGAUUGCUACAGAGGCUUUGCCAAGACAAGCAAGCGUCACUGUUUCAGAGCAUCCCGAGUUGCUUCAUUUUAUCCAGAGCUGUCUUGUCGUUUCGGUCGAGGAUAGACCCGAUUUCCGACAGCUACUGGGCCACCCAGUGUUUAUUGGUCUGCCUCAAGUGCCACCGACACCCUCGUUGACGGGCUGGCAUCUGCACCCGCACUUGCCUUUGCUCCAGGAAGACAGUGAUGCUUCUGGCAAUUCGAACGCCGUUCUCUCGGACACGGAAAGGCUCUUGUCCAGUUUCAGUCUCUAUCAGAUUUUUCAUCUCUGGAUCUUGGCCGGGGGAAUCCUCGAUAUCCCAGUGGUGAAGAGAAAUGGCAUCUCGACGAGCGCUAUCAAUCGCCUUCCACAAGUCAUUAGAAUCAAAGACGACGUCGAGGACAUAUUAUCGCUCACAGAUGUCGCCCCGCUGUUUUCCGACUCAAUCUGCAUUUUCCCGCUUGAGCCUCUGGCCGAAAAGUUGGCCACAACUACCCAGCCUUCUCUACCAAAGGGACUCGCCGCCAUGGAUGACCUGGGCCUCUAUUACAAGAGUAUCGAGGGAAGAAAUGUUCAGCGAUGGGCCCAGUCUCUUCUGGAGGCUCCAGAUUACUGGACAAAACGAAGCAGUCAGUUGACGGAGAAGCAGCGUGAUCCAAGCCACCAAGCGAGACUCAUUGUGAUGUUUAAUCGCCAUCUCGCCGAAUAUCCCCAUUCUCAAAGACGAAUCAUUGAGGAAGCCACAAUCGGAAUCCCGGCGCUUGUACGAAACCGAGUUUGGGCUGCCAUCCUGGGCAUCAGCGGAAAUCCUCAAAUCGAAUACGAUAUGAUCGACAAGGAUAGUGAAGGGCUAAUGGAUCGACAACUCGAGCUAGAUAUUCCACGAUGCCACCAGUACAACGAGGUAUUGGCGUCGCCGUUUGGCCACCAAAAACUCAAGCGCAUCCUCAAGGCAUGGGUGGCGAGUGAAGAGCACCGGAUGGUUUAUUGGCAAGGACUCGACUCUGUUUGUGCUCCGUUUUUGUGCCUGAAUUUGCACGAUGAGGCUCUGGCGUAUAGCUGCUUGAAGGAAUUCGUAUCGCGAUUUCUGUCCGAUUUCUUCGUUGUGGAUAACACCAUCACAAUCAACAAGUACAUGACUGUGUUUUCCAAGUUGAUUGCGUUUCACGAUCCGGAGUUGGCACUGCAUAUGCUUACACUUGGCCUGCAGCCGAGCUUGUAUGCAAUUCCUUGGUUCAUGACCAUGUAUGCACAUAUCUUCCCACUGGAUAAGAUAUAUCCUCUAUGGGAUAACCUUUUGGUUGGCGGAGACUAUGUGGGUCUACACUUCGGUCUUGCGAUCUUGACGCAACUGCGGGAUCAGAUCAUUCAUCACGACUUCAACCAGUGCAUGGUCCUGCUUUCGGAACUGCCCAACAUCGAAAUCGAGGCAGCAAUUUCCGAUGCCAACUUUACAUUCAAAACAACACCUCCCUCUUUCUAUGACAACCUCCGAAGUCAGCCAAGAAAGUCUGAGAUCGGCAAACACAAGGGAGAUAGCCAUGCAGAGCUGCCAUGGAUAUCGGUGAAGGACUUUUCGCAAAUCAAGAGCAUAUCCUUAAUCUUGGAUACACGUGACUCAGGACCAAGUAUAUAGCCCUCCUAGUCGAUGGAGUGACCCCACAGCUCAUCAGCUUUUGUGAGUUGAUUAUAUCAUCCGGACUAUCGAAACUGUUGAUUCUCGAUAUGUCAACCAAUUGUGAAGAACAAGCACCAGAGGAGUGCCAUUGUCAGCCCACA